UUGGUUUCUAUCGCCUCUCCCUGGAGACCACUGAAGGAUCAUCUUACACAGAGCUGUGCUGUGCCAGUGUGUACCUGCCCCCGAGCCUGUGCGAGAGCUCGUGCGCAGCCCAGUUCCUAUCCUUCACUUGCGAAUGUUAAAUUGGAAACAACAUAAGCCUUUCUAAAUGAGACUGGUUCCGGAGAAAUGGGCCACACAACUGAAGAAAACAGUCUCCAAUCAGGAAACAAAGACACCCGGAGCCCGGCAGACUGCCGUAAAUAGCGUGACAUCGGGGAGCCAUGCCAGUCACCCCGAAACUUCCCAAUCUGCCAAUCCCUCUGGAACCUCAGCCGCACCCUCAGAGUCACUGCCCUCCCGUGGCAGCUGGGGGGGGAAGUACGAGUUUCUGCUCUCGUGUAUAGGCUACUGUGUGGGAUUGGGGAAUGUGUGGAGAUUCCCAUACCUGUGUUAUCGAAAUGGAGGAGGUGUGUUCCUGAUCCCUUACUGCAUUAUGAUGCUGUUUACAGGGCUGCCGCUGUUCCUGAUGGAGCUCAGCCUCGGGCAGUACGGUGGUUCUGGCCCAAUCACUGUGUGGAAAUGCUGCCCCAUCCUCAAAGGUAUUGGGAUUGGGAUGCUGGUGGUUUCAGCCUUGGUUUCACUUUACUACAACGUUAUCAUUGCCUGGACCUUCUACUAUCUGGGAAUGUCUUUCCAAUACCCACUGCCUUGGUCAUGUGAUGCUGCCGCGAAUGCCCACCUCUGUCAGAACCUGACCACAAACCAGACCCAUCAGAGUGCCAGUGAAGUCUUCUGGAAUGAGCAUGUUCUGGGGCUGACCAGGAGUUCAGGCCUACAUGACCCUGGGAGUGUUCGUUGGCAGCUGGCUAUCUGCCUGCUGUUUGCCUGGAUCUUCAUCUUCCUGAUCUGCCUGCGAGGGAUUCACAGCUCAGGCAUACUUGUGUAUGUGACCUCGACCUUCCCCUACCUGGUGCUGAUCGUGCUGAUUAUCCGCGGAGCCACACUGGAGGGCUCCCUAAAGGGGGUACAGUUUUACUUGACAGCCGACUGGAGCCGUCUGGGCAGUGCACAGGUGUGGAAUGAUGCUGCCUCUCAGAUCUUCUACUCCCUGGGGAUUGGCUUUGGAGGGCUGCUGUCGAUGGCUUCUUACAAUAAGUUUGGGAACAAUGUGGUCAG